AUGGGUAAGUUCGAGUUAGUUGGACUCCCAGAAGAGGUUGUAUUGUUAAUUUUAGGACGGUUGUCUCCAAAUGAUACCCUAAAACUUAUAUCUGCACUUGGACAUUCUGGUAGGAGUCGCUCCUGCGAUACUCUCAAAAUAUAUGCUUUACAAAGAUUGUACUGCGGCAGAACGAUAGUAUAUAGUAGCACGGGGAAUGUAGAAGGCAGAACAAAUAAUAGUAAUAGCAGUAGAGAUAAUAGCAACAGUAAUAGUAGAAGUGACAGUUAUAAUAAUAGUAAUAAUGAUAAUAAUAGUGGCUAUGUCGGCAGUAGUGGCAGGUGCUCAACCUGUGAAACCAGUACUUUGCAACAUGAGUAUAAAAACGAGAUAGAAGGUAAUCAUCCGGGUCCCUACGAUACAUUAUUGGAGUUUCUGAAUUUUAGAGAAUCUUUCGUCGAUAGUGAACCUGGACUAAAUGAUAUCGUAUUCAGGAAAACCCGACCGCAAUCAUUGGAAUUCCAUUUCCAUCGCUAUACAAAUGACUACAUCCGGUUUGUAAAUGAUUUGAGAAGCUUUGGGGACUUUAUGAACAGCGUUUCCGAUUCGUACAACAUCAAGAAUUAUGAUUUUAAAAAGGAUACAAUAACAGAAUAUCUUCGAACAGUACAUCGACUAGAAGUCUACAUAGAUGGGAAUUCGGACGAUACAGAAUUGCCAUCGACCGCACUCCCCGUUGCAGUACUAUGGACCAUGGUCAAGUUGUCAGCAUCGAAUUCUCUCCUUCGCGAAAGAAUCCAAUGUUUGCUGAUUUGCUCUACGAACUUAGGGGAUCAUUUUCAAAUCCAGUGGAGUCAGCUCUUCGAUAGAUUUGAGAAUUUGCAUACAUUGAAUCUAUCACAGAACAAAAUUAGGCUGAUUACUAAACAAGAUAACCAAUCCUGGCUAGCGCAUGUCAAAUGGCCACCAAGGUUAAGGUACUUAAAUCUCGAUGACAACAUGAUAAGAGAGUAUAUACUGGAGUUAUUGGCUACUUUCCCCAAGCUGUUGGAGGUUCUACUGAUGAAGUUCAACUUGCUUGAUAAUUUUGGUGGGCAUUCCAACGACUCUACGAGUCUCAAGUUUAAAUUAUCGGAAAUUUUACCCAACUUGAAAUCAUUGGACUUGAGCUGUAAUAGGUUUCUCGCAUUUGUCAAUCCAGAGAUACUCAAUGCUACAGGGAGUCUACAUACCCUAGACGUAAGUGAUUGUUAUAUAGACAACCAUUCCAUGACCGACUUAAAGAGGGUAGCAAAGAGGGAACGUAUAGAGUUACGUCAUUGA